GAAAUAUAAAUUUUACUAUCAUUCAGCGGCCACAACCGAGGAACCGACAACAAUAACAGCGGCUAAACUUGGGAUUACCUCGGCAUUGUUUGUUCAAGAAGAAAACGGCAUGUCCUUCCAGCGCAGCUAUAGCAAGGUGUGGUGGGGCUCGGAGCAGUCCUCCCUGACCAGCGGCGGCUUCUACUCGAGCUUCAAUAACAGCUACUCGGCAGGGGCACAGAGGCAGCCCACCUCCCUCGGCGCCCUGGGCAAUCUCUCUUGCAUCCAGGAGGUGGAGGACGAGCAGAAUAGCUCCAAGCUCUCCUGGCACAAGCACGAUAGUCCCGGCAGUCUGCGCAGUCAGGAUUCAGGCUUUUCGGACAAUGAGGAGUCACAGCAGCUGCAGCAUCGGCAGCAAUCACAGUCCCCGCAAUCGCCUCAGUCAGAUGACAAUCAAACGCCCACGGCCACGCCCACCUCGGUGCGUUCGGUAGCCACGCCCCCAACUGUGGUGCGUCGCGUGGGUAACUCAGCCUUCUACUCACCGCUGAUCAGUGUUUCUCGCCGGAUUUCAUUCACCAGUGGCCAAAAGACACCAAAGGCGAAAUCCGACAAGGACGAUGAGGAGGAUGCUGUGGACGCCGAGUUGGCGGCUAGCCGCAGUCGGCUUUUUGAGCAGCUGAAUAGCUUGAAGCUGGACGAUGAGGCGGAGCUUGUGACGGCGGAGGAGAGUUCACCGCCGCCACGUCCGGCGAUAAGACGCCGUCGGCGAAUUAUGCGAAAAGCCAAACCGGAACCGGAAGAGGGUUCGGCCAGCGAGGAGGAGCAGGAGCAGGUUUCUGCUCCACCGCCUCCCUAUAAUAAUGAGACCGUUUACUUGGGCGAGGCACCACCGCCCUACAACAACGAGACCGUGACCUUUGGCACCACCGAACAGGACGAAACAAUCCAGCCGCAGCCCUCUCCCCUGAGAGUUAGCGCUUUGCGAUUCACGGCUAGCACUAGUACGCCUAAGAGUCGUUCGAGGAUCGCAAAGAAGACAAGAAAACACCCCGAACCCGUGGCCAGCUGGAUGCAGGAGCAACGCUGGGCCGGAGAACCAGAGGUGAUGUGCACCCUUCAGCACAAAUCCAUUGCCCAGGAGGCGUACAAGAACUACACCAUUACCACCAGUGCGGUCUGCAAGCUGGUCCGCCAGCUGCAGCAGCAGGCUCUGUCGCUCCAGCUGCACUUUGAGCGCAGCGAGCGGGUGCUCAGCGGACUGCAGGCCAGUUCCCUGCCGGAGGCCCUUGCCGGAGCCACACAGCUGCUCUCCCACUUGGACGACUUCACCUGCACGCUGGAGCGCCGUGCCAUAUUCUUCAACGAUGCCAAGAUCGAGAGGCGGCGCUAUGAGCAGCAUCUCGAGCAGAUCAGGACGGUCAGCAAGGACACGAGGUACUCCUUGGAGCGGCAACACUACAUCAACUUAGAGUCCCUGCUGGACGAUGUGCAGCUGCUGAAGAGGCACACCCUGAUCACGCUGCGCCUGAUCUUCGAGCGAUUGGUUCGCAUUCUGGUGAUCAGCAUUGAGCAGAGUCGCUGUGACCUGCUGCUCAGGGCCAAUAUCAAUAUGGUGGCCACCUUGAUGAACAUUGACUACGAUGGAUUUGCUUCGUUGUCGGAUGCCUUUGUCCAGAACGAGGCAGUGCGAACUCUGUUAGUGGUUGUUUUGGAUCACAAACAGAGCUCCGUCAGGGCUUUGGCUCUCCGGGCUCUGGCUACUCUAUGCUGCGCUCUCCAGGCCAUUAAUCAGCUGGGCAGCUGUGGCGGCAUCGAGAUUGUGAGGGACAUCCUCCAGGUGGAGUCCGCGGGCGAGAGAGGACCCAUUGAGCGUAGGGAGGCGGUGUCGCUUCUGGCCCAAAUCACCGCCGCCUGGCAUGGACCAGAGCACCGAGUGCCAGGCUUGAGGGACUGCGCCGAGAGCCUGGUGGCCGGAUUGGCUGCCCUCUUGCAGCCAGAGUGCUGUGCCCAGACAUUGCUCCUCUGCGCCGCUGCUUUAAAUAAUCUGAGCCGAAUGGAGGCCACGUCACACUACUCCAUCAUGUCCAACGAGGCCAUAUUCCGCUUGAUUGACACCCUGGAACACCAGAGCUGCGGCACCAGUGUCUUUCUCUAUGAGCAAAUCGUUGGGAUGCUGCACAACAUGUCGCUGAACAAGAAGUGCCACAGCCACUUGGCCAACGGCGUCAUCAUAAAUUUCAUCACGUCCGUGUACCAAACGGAAUUCUACAAGACCUACGGCUCACGUGCGGAGAGCGAUGCCCAGCGCCGCAGCAUCAAGACCAUCCUGCACACGCUGACGCGCCUGGCCAGCGACUCGCCCACGCUGGGAGCGGAGCUCCUGGAGCAGUGGCAUCUGCCGGACCUGCUGCGCCAAUCCCUGGCCCUCAAGCCUCAAGCAGCCUCGACCACUCUGCCUUCUCCCCAGGAGCACUUGGACAGCAGCCACGGCAGGGAUAUAUCCCAGCUGGCGCGACAACUGCUCGGCGUCCACCAGCAGGAGCAGCAGCUGUUGGCCACUCCCACGCCAAUCGGUUCCUUCUCCAGUGGCCACCAGACGCCCGAGGCCCAAACGCAGACCAGUUCCAGCGUCAACUCGAAAACCAAGGCCAAGUCUUCGUCGACGCUGCUCAAAUUCAAUUUAACACGUCAGGAGAGUUUCGUCUAGUUUUCACCACCUGAGCAGAGGUUUUUGGACGGAUGAAAGAGUUCGAGUGCCCGCCCGAGCUGCACAGAGAGAAAAUAUAACAAUAUGGCUUUCAAUUUAUGUUUAUCAACCAUAUAACAUUUAUUAUAAAGCCAUAUUCUACAAUACUUUUCUCAAAAUUUAUUAUAGUUAUUAUUUAAAAUUAACAAAACGUUACAAAUAUCAAGUAAAAGUUUAUUAAUCUUCAAAGUAAUAAGACAAUACUAAUAAAAUAUAAGUAACUCACAGCCUCACAAUUUAUAAAUUAUAUUGUUUAUACCUUAAAGAGCCUGUUUGUUACUUAUAUUUUAUUUAAAUUUAAUACCAUAAUUUCCUUAAGAAACUCCUUAAUUAUGUACCAUAUAUUAAUACCUAGAAUUUCACAAAUAUUUGGCAAAUAUUUUCUCUCUGUGCAGACACGUCCUUUGGCCGGACACAAGCCGGAAACGCAGACGUGCGUCAAGUGUUAUUACUUUGUCUAGGAUGUUGCGUGACCCGUUUGGCCUCGCUCCCGCCUCUCCACCCCCUCGCUACGAUAUUAUCCUUGCUGCUGGAUGUAAACGAAGUAAUUUUUAUAUUUCCACUCAGGCAAACAAAACAAACUAAGGGGGCGGAGCCGGACGGGGCGAGGCAAACAAAAUAAAUAGAAAUACAAUUUUUGUUUGGUUAUUUUUCUGUUGCCGAGGCAACUUUGGUAUUCUUGUGUGCUUAUAACAAAAAUGCUCUUAAAGUGCUCUCCCCCUCUCGGCAGGCCAGAUUUAUUUUAUGUUUUAUUCAAUGCAAAUGCAACUUUGACAUUUUGCAUUCUCAUUGUAAAUAUUUUCCCCUGAUCCCAGUUCGAAACCAAAACCCCCAUACGGCUGGCAACAUAAAAACCAAAAACUCGGAAAAUUCCUUAGCUGGUAGGAGCGAAGUCCUUUGUGCCAAAUAAACUGAGAAAAGAAAAUGCAAACAAUUUAUUUGUUUUGUACUUAAAGCAAUUGUAUUGCAUAACACUGUAUUAUAUAUGUAUCUAUGUAUGAAUAUUUACGGUUUCCAAACUUAAGUUUAUUAUAAGACUAUAUAUUAAAGUUACACUUUACAUUGUAAUUAAUACGUUGAAAUAAAACGUUGAGUUGUUUAAACUAUAAA